GUGACCGUGAUGGAUUCUCUACUCAGCUCUUUGGAAUUCACCAGUGCUCUGCAACUACUGUUGAACACAUUCUUAGUUACUCACCUUUCAGAACACCACAGCGUUUGCGUUAUCCGGGGACAUCAGGAUGACAUCCGAUUGAAUUUUUCCAGACCAACGGUGAACCUGCUGGUGGACGCCUCGAGCUCCUUGGACACCUUCAGUUAUCAUCUGGUUCAGGCGAUCGACGUCGGUUGUGAGGGCUUCGUGCUAACGGAAAGCACGUUGUUUCCGUUUCUGGACACAUUUCGCUCGGCCCACGAGGCAGCAUCAUUUCGGGCGUCCAACAAGCGUAUCAUUGCCGUGACCCCACUGGAACCAACCGAGCGUCAUCGAUUGAUAAACCAUGAAACGAUGGGCGUGAUCUAUAAUAUCCUGUUUCUCGUGACGAAUGCAACCGAACGUACGAUCGAGUUGUAUUCAACCGAGAUCUUUUUCGCCGAACCGAAAGCCACACUGGUGGAGCUAGUCCGUUUGGAUUCAUUCAUAAUCGAGGAAUCCUUUUCACCACCCAAUGUGUCCGGCUAUUCCCCCGUUAAAUCAACUAACCUUCGAGGUCAGCGUUUGCGGCUGUCUACCUUACCGUAUCCACCGUUUUCCGUCGUCAAGGAAGUGCCUUUAGGUACCGGCAAUGCACGUAGCGUUAGGCCUUCCAACUACUCGUAUCAGGCCGACGGUACGGAGCUGCUUAUGUUCCUUGAGUUUUGCUAUCGCUACAACUGUACACUGGAGAUUGAAGUUUUUCCCGAAGGUGCUUGGGGUUCGGUGUAUCCAAACGGUUCUACGGAUGGUUUGGUAGGGUCCAUCAUUGAUCGACAGGCGGAUGUUACUGUUGCUGCAGUAUAUCGAUGGUACAAUUGGUACAAUCAUGUUUGGCACUCUGCGUACACUGGCCGGUCGAAAGUUUCCUUGUUCGUACCCAGACCUCGAUUGUUGCCGCACUGGCAAACUCCAUUCCUUGCGUUUCCGCUGAGUCUCUGGUUCAUGGUUUGUGUUUCGUUUUGCGCCGGCACAACGGCCGUAUUCAUCACCGAGCGAUUUCGGCAGCGGAUACGCCAUCCGGACGGAUCGCGCCAACGAUAUCGCCUUUUGGAUGCCAUCUUCUUCAUGGUCAGUCUGUACGUGGAACAAUCGGCCCCACUGCACAACGACCUGAUUGCGGGAACGAUCCUCUUGUCUUUCCUGCUGUUUGGAGGCUUUAUGGUUGGUAACAGCUACGCGGGUGCGCUGUCCAGUGUCAUGACCGUGCCGAGGUAUGAAAAGUCCAUCGAUACCCGGGCGGACUUCCUGGCGGCCGGGAUGAAGUUUAUCGGCUCGACGCCCGUUUGGAUCUAUACCCUUUCGCUCUCGGUACAACCGGAGAUCGUGAAGCUACGGAACAGCUAUGAGGUGUACGACAUUCAAACGAUAUCAAAGUUUGUACAUACCCGGCACGAUUUGGGCUACAUUCACGAGCGAAUGCAGUAUGGUAGCUUUUGCUUGGAAUCGUUUAUCGACCUUUACGGUUCUCGCCAUCUGCAGCCCCUUAAGCAGGAAGUCUUCUGGGAGAUUAGUAUAACGGCGUGCAGUAAAACAUGGCCAAUGAUAGCCCUAUACGAUGAUUUGGUUCUGAGAGUACAACAGACGGGUAUUUUUCGAUACUGGGAGCAAGGUAGUACAUUCCGUACGAUGGGCCAGGAAAUACAACGGAAUUUAGCGGAUGCACGAGUGCAUGACUUUGACAACGACCCGGUCAAGCUGGAGAUGGCCCAUUUCCUGGGAGUGUUUUUUAUUCUCUUCGUGGGACAAAUACUCGCAACUAUCAUAUUUAUCGUAGAACUUCUAGUUUACCGUAGGCAGCGUAACCGCGAAAACAAGCUUCUCAAAUUGACUAAAUAAUUCUAAACCUAGCAGGCCGUUUCUUUCAAUAUAGAU